CAAUACCGCGCUGGUCGCCUUUAAACCUGGAUGAUACCCAACCGUUUCGUCAGUAGCUUGUCCACCGUUUGUAAGGCAAGUAUGAAACUCUCGCUUUCGUUGGCGUUGCUUGCGGCGGUGGCCGUUUUCGUCCGGGGUGGUCCCCUGGACGAUCACUACCAUCCAAGUUUCCCCGAGGAGCCCACCCGCAGCCGGAAUGCCCAACAGGAGCAAACCAUCGAGUACUGGCAGGAGCACGCCAAGCAAACCGUGGACACCUUGGUCAACCGGAAGGAGAACACGAACAUCGCCAAGAACGUCAUAAUGUUCCUGGGCGACGGCAUGUCGAUCUCGACCGUGGCCAUGGCUCGUGUCUACGCCGGAGGUGAGGAACGCCAGCUUUCGUUCGAGAAGUUCCCGCACAUUGGUAUGUCGAAGACUUACUGCGUGGACUACCAGGUUCCGGAUUCGGCCUGUACGGCAACUGCGUAUUUGACCGGAGUGAAGGGUAACUACGAAACGAUUGGAGUCAACGCUCAGGUUCCCAGUUACCAUUGUACGGCACAGUUGGACGCGAGUACUCACACCCACUCGAUUGGCAAGUGGGCAAUGGAUGCCGGGAAAGACGCUGGACUGGUAACGACGACCCGCGUGACACAUGCCUCCCCAUCUGGAGUCUACGCUCAUACUGCGAAUCGAGAUUGGGAAAGCGAUGAUUAUAUCCGUAGUGAUGGCUGUAAUCCGGAACUUAUUGAUGACAUUGCUAAGCAGUUGAUCCAUGGAGAAACCGGUAAGCGACUGAAGGUUAUCAUGGGUGGAGGUCGUCGGGAGUUCUUGGACAUGGACUUGGAUCCAGAAUAUCAGACCCGAGGAUAUCGUAGGGACGGAAGGAAUUUAAUCCAGGAAUGGUUGGACAUGGCCGACGGAACAGAAAACCGUACCUACGUAUGGAACAAGCAGGACUUGUUUAGGGUUGAUCCAACUAGGACUGACAAGCUGCUGGCCCUGUUCGAGCCUGGACAUUGUGCCUACAACUUGGAUCGUGUUCAUAAGCAGAUGGAAGGCGAACCCACCUUGGCAGAAAUGGUCGACCGUGCUACGGACAUUAUGAGCAAGAACGACAAAGGUUUCUUCCUGUUUGUGGAAGGCGGUCGUAUUGAUCACGGUCACCACGACACCUGGGGUAGACUGGCAAUCGACGAAACGGUACAGUUCUCGGAAGCAAUCGAGCUCGCCAGGAAGAAAUUCAGCGAGGAGGAUACUUUGAUCGUGGUCACUUCCGACCACUCGCAUUCCGUGAGCUUCUCUGGAUAUCCGAGCCGCACCAACGACAUCUUCGGCACGGCUGGCACAGCUUCCGAUGGACUGCCGUACAUGACGCUCAGCUACGCCAACGGAAUGGGAUACUACGACCACAUCGAUCCGGAAACCAAAGGCCGCAAGGACGUCCGCAAGAUGGACACCACCGCGGACUACUUCCGGUUCCCGGCGACGCUGCCGGUCGGUUCGGAAACCCACGGAGGAGAGGAUGUGGCCGUGUACGCUUCGGGUCCGUGGUCUCAUCUGUUCACCGGAUCGUACGAGCAGAACACCAUCCCGCACAUGAUGGCGUAUGCGCUGUGCGUCGGCGAUGGAUUGAAGGCCUGUCCGGCUACGGCGUAGAAGAGCAGCCCGAAUGACAACCGAGGGGGUAUUUUUUUAUUGGUAGAUUAAACUAAGUUAUUCACAAUCAAUCUCGAGAUUAUAAUAAACGGCUGUCGCUAGAA